AUGACGUGGGUGGAGGCUGCAAAUGUGUCGACGGAAUCACCGCCUCCCCGACACAAUCACCGCCUCCCCGACACAAUCACCGCCUCCCCGACACAAUCACCGCCUCCCCGACACAAUCACCACCUCCCCAAUACAAUCACCGCCUCCCCGACACAAUCACCACCUGCCCAAUACAAUCACCACCUGCCCAAUACAAUCACCCACCUCCCCGACACAAUCACCGCCUCCCCGAUACAAUUACCGCCUCCCCGACCCAAUCACCGCCUCCCCGACACAAUCACCACCUCCCCAAUACAAUCACCACCUCCCUACAGCUUGCACUAG